AUGAAGGACAAGGUUUGGGGUGAGUAUGCACAGUCUGCUCUAAAGUGCCUGAGUAGUGCCCCCCUCCAGCCUCAGGCCUUUGCGUAAGCCACUAUGCUAAAUCCACAGAUUUGGAGGCGUUCAUGAACCAGUCUUUCCCCCACCAGGGGCAGUCGAAGAAUCUGUAUGCUAUGUUCCGCUGUCGGCUGAUGGUCUUCGCCCCACGUGGUCGAUGCGCAGAGACGAUGCCUCGUGGGGCUCAUGGCCCAGGUAGCCUGACAGUUGCACACGUCGCCGCUUGGGGAUGCGAUUUGCCUGUAGAGGUCCACCUCUCCCCGGCAAGACGUCUCUCCGCCCGACCACCUUCAGCUAUGGCAGGGAAUUCUGCCAUCGGUCCCGCAGCUUGUGCCAGAACGUCUGAAAGACUUUAUCCAAUCUAUGCAUAAUGGAAUUUGAAAUUUUUGUCCGACUGUAUAUCAACUGUUUUCGAUGAUUUCGCUUUUCUCAAGAUGCAAUAAAACGGAAGUCGGUUAUAGAUUAUCCAAUGCAAAAAUCUUACAAGCUCAAGGAAAAUACCCUGCAAGAACUAUUCUAGCCUAUUCUUUGAAUCAGUGAUACAUUUAUCAACGUUUAUUUACUAACCUCAAGUAAAAAUCCAUAUGUCUCAACUUGGUAUCUGCACAAGAUAUGGAGGGACUCCCACCUAUCACGUUAAUGGAUAGAAAAAUAUAUAGCUUACUCCACAACAGUGAGUUUGGGGAGGAAAUGUAGGUAGGUGGUUUCUCAUUUUUGUUUCUGUUAUGUUACUAUGCUUAUCUGUUCAGAUUCAAAAUGUGAUCACACUUCCUUAUUGAAUAAUCUCGCAUUUAUUUUGCUUUCAUGUGUAAUACAUUUAAAUAGCCACAAGGUGUCACUUAACUCUGAAUGUAGAUUCAGUCCUUGGAGAAUAAGAUACAAAUUGAUCGAUUGUUGCAACUUCAUUAGGAUGUGGGUGUAAUUAGAAUAAUCAGUUCUAUAAGGAUUCCUAAACCAAAAUAGAAUGUACCACUAAUUUAACACUGAAAUGGCGCAUAUUAUAUUUAUAAUUAUUAUUAUCAGCAUUUAUAUAACUACACCUUAAUCAGCAGCACUUUACAAUAUCAUAGAGAGGUACAUUUAACAAUAAAUUAUUCAAUUACUAAAUGUUACAGGGACAAUAGGUUAAUGAGGACCCUGCUCGAUAUAGCUGCAUAGAAAUACUUAUACAAAAUAAGCACAUUCCAGGCUUUAUGAUGUUAGCAAACACAGCAAGAAGUCCUGGGGGCAGAGCCAUGCAGGGCACCGUGGCAGAUGCCAUUUCGUGCAGCUCUGAGUGCUUUACUAGCAAAUUCAGCUGUAUUGCUGUUGGCAAUCGACAUAUUGGUGUGAAAGAUUCUGCGGAUGCCCUUUUUUUCCCCAGCAAGUGACAAAAUUCAGCACCAAGGACUUCAAACAUACCGCACGGGAAGCACACGACUGAUCGGUGACGGAGGAAUAGGCCUCAAUAUCGACUUACCAACUGGGAGUCCUCUCAACAGAAUUUCUUGCAUGGACAUGGGCCACAAGACACAAAAGCCUAGUCACACUGCCAGCAGAGAAAGCCAGGACAUAGGGAAAAUGCUGGCUUACACACCACGAACCAGAGAGAUGGCGCCAUUGGCUGCACACACCUCGCAUGUGGAGGGAGUCCAAGAGGUGGGGUCCCGACAUUGGGCAGUGACAAGCAGUGAUGACCGGUGUACAUACCUCUGAGGAAGAUAUUCUCAAUUUGAAACAGGGCAUGGUGGCUCUAGGGAAGACUGUUUAACAAGUACAAUCUACACAAUUUCACCUUUACCAGCCGCUACACCAGAUGGCGCUCAAGGAGAGAGGCGCUGUGGAUUAGGUAAGUAACCUCUCCCUCCUGCAGCAUUGCCACACUGAUCAGGCGCUUCCACAUGGCGCCGAUCGGGUGCAGCCACACAGUGCAGACCGGGCACCAUGACAGUAUCCCCACACAAAGACUGCCCACCGGGCGGGCAGGACCAGGCCUUCCAGGGAACCGGGCAUGGAAGGAAUGGAUGAGUCAAGCCACAUGAACAUCAACAGCAGGAACCCAGAAACGUUACUCAGGACCAUAACCCAUCCAGUCAACUAGGUACUGUAAUAAACCACAAGAAUACCUGGAAUCCAAGAUCGAACAGAUUUCAUAUUCCUCUUGUUUAGCCACAACCAACUGCGGAGGAGGAAUAGAAGGAAUAGUAUAUCGAUUACAGAGGAGAGGUUUGAGCAAAGACAUAUGGAAAGUACAAGGAAUGCAGAGAUUAACAGGGAGAUCAAGGGUAUAGGAAACAGGAUUGACCCUACGCCAGUGGUGUAUUUACCGCGAGACUGACAAGGCAUUUUCCUUGGGCAUCACUUUUAGGGGGGGCGGCAAAAAAAGCCGCCCCAAUGCCCUGGCAGAUGCCAUGUCAGCCUCUUCUCCUGGGAGGCCCAGGAGCUGGCAGCUGGCCACCUUAGGGCCCCUCAGAGGCUGGCAUGCGCUGAUAUGAGAGGCGGGCGGCGAGGUAGCACUCUCCUCUGAGCUCUCUCCUGCUCAGGUCCCUCACCACAGUGCGCCGGUGUUGACAUCACUCUGGCUCCGGCAUCACUAAAAGGCGCAUGAGGGAGCUGAGCACUAGGUUCAGAGCUCCCUCGCCGUCCACCUCCACUGUGCCUGCCAGCCCAACCACCCGCCUAUUUGGAAGAAACCACAAAAAUAACACCAAAAUGUAAUCAAAUAAUAAAAAAAAUUGUGAGUGUGUUAGUGUGUGUGUUUGUUAGUGUGUCUGUUAGUGAGUGUUAGUGUGUGUGUGAUAGUGAGAGCGUGUGUGUCUCUGUUAGUAAGAGUGUGUCUGUUAGAGAGUGUUGGUGUGUGUCUGUUAGUGUGUGUGUCUCUGUUAGUGAGUGUGUGUGCGUGUCUGUCAAAGAGUAUGUGUCAGUGAAAGUGUGUAUGCCUGUUAGUGAAUGUGUAUGUCUGUCAGUGUGUGCAUGCGUGUCUGUCACUGAGAGUGUGUAUCUGUCAGUCAAUGUGUAUGUCUGUUAGCGAAUGUGUGUGUCUGACACUGAGUGUAUAUGUUUCUGUCAGUGAGUGUGUAUGAGUGUGGGGUGGGGGGGGGUCUGAGUUUUGUCAUGCCUAGGGCAACACAAAACCAGAAUACACCACUGCCCUACGCACAACACUGAAAGGGUCCCUAUGAAGUGGGGCAAACUUCUUAGAAGGCACCUUAACUUUAAUAUACCGUAUGGACAACCAAACCCUGUCACCCAUUUGAUACAAAGGCGUAGCGACAUGUCGCUUAUCAGCCUUCACCUUGAAACAGCCGUCACCAAGGCAGCAUGCACCAGAUCCCAGGACCUACCCAUAGAGGCCAGGUGCUCAUCCAAUACUGAGAUAGAGGUAUUCUAGAAUACAGAAGACAGGAUAGUAGGAUGAAGACCAGAAUUGACAUAAAAUGGACUGAAACCAGACGAGUUAUGUGUAGCAUUGUUCCUGGCGAAUUCAGCCCAGGGUAAAAGAUCAGACCAAUUAUCUUGAGCACCAUUGACAAAACAUCUGAUGUAUACCCCUAAGGACUGAUUUGCUUGUUCUGCCGCCCUUUACGUUUGGUGAUGGUAUGAGGAAGAAAAAGAUAAUUAUUUUCCCAAUUCUUUACAAAAUGAUCUCCAGAACCUAAAUACAAACUACGUACCUCUGUCAGAUACUAUAUUGUGUGGAAUACCAUGUAACCUGAACAUCUCAUUGGUAAAAAAUCUUGGGAGGUUGGCAACUUUUUAAGUGGAAUGAAGUGAGCUAUUUUGGAGAACUGGUCAACGAACAUUAGAAUAAUGUUAAAUCCCUUGGACACAGGUAGAUCAACUAUAAAAUCCAUAGCAAGUUGGGACUAAGGGAUGUGCGGCACAGGAAGAGGUUGUAACAACCCACAUUUGAGUUGAAGAACCUUAGAAACAGCAACUGUUUUUUGAAGGCAUUGACAUAUGCUUCUACAUCGUUCCUAAGAGAGGGCCACCAGAACUGUUUAAUGAUAGCAAAAAGGGUUUUGGGUAUACCCAGAUGCCCAGCCUUCAUAUUGUCAUGGAACAUGCUUAACCCCUUAAGGACCGAGGACGGUUCAGGACCGUCAUCAGCAUUUUUGCAUUGCCAACCGGUGACGGUCCUGAACUGUACUUACCCGAUCGCCGUCGUUCCCCCGGCGGCAAUCGGCGUGGCUCCCAUUGUGGGGAGACUGCCUGCAGCCCAGACAGUUUCCCCAUGGCGGAAUAGGACCUCUGGGGCCAAUAGGUGUCCAUGUGUCUGCCUGCAGGGGGACUGCCUGUGCUGACAGGCAGUCUCCCUGCUAGUGUAAAAUCAUUAAAAAAAUAAAAGUUAAUGUUAAUUAAAAAAUAUAUAUAUAUGUGUAUAUAAAUAUGAUAUAUAGACAUUUAUUAUAUCUAAUGUCAUACUAAGUGUCUUUUUAUAUUAAUAUGUACAUAUAUUAAUAUAAAAAUAAACUUAUAAUUAAAUUACACACGUAUAUAUAUAAUAACUAUAUAUAUAUUGUGUAUAUAUAUAUAUAUAUAUUAUUAUUAUAAAAUACAAAUAAUAAGUAAUUUAAAUUAAAUUAAAAAAUGUAAAAAUAAUAAUAACAUUCAAAAAAAAUUAUAUAUCUAUAUGAAAUUUUAUUCUAACUGUAUUUUGAUAUUAAUAUAUAUAUAUUUAUAUCAUAAUACACUUAGAAUGAAAUUGUAUAUAUAUAUCUAUGUAUAUAUAAAUAAAAAUAAUAUGAAAUAUACAAAUGUCCAUAUACAAAAUUACAUAAAUAAUUAUAUAAAUAUACACGUAGACCUCAAAUAUAUAAAUAUGCUUAUAUAUUUAAAUUCUACGUGCAUAUUUAUGUAAUAUUUUUACAUAAUUAAGUAAUUUUAUUGAUUGCAAUUUGUGGCACCGGCCUGCCAACCCAGGCCGAAAGUCCAGAGAAUAUAUAUUGCUAGCACUGUAUUUUACCCUGUAACGUUCUACGACACCCUAAAACCUGUAGAUGGGGGGUACUGUUUUACUCGGGAGACUUCGCUGAACACAAAUAUUAGUGAUUCAAAAAAGUAAAACAUAUCACAGCGAUGAUAUUAUCAGUGAAAGUGACUUUUUUUGCAUUUUUCACACACAAACAGCACUUUACUGAUGAUAUAAUUGUUGUGAUACGUUUUCCAGUUUUAAUGAAAAUCCAGCGCACUCGCUUAUCUACUAAACAGUCAUUUUAAUGCUGAAUAAUUUUCAGUUUUAUUAAAAACACCUAAUCUAGACAAAAAAUAUAAUGGGGGUUUAGUUACAGUAUAUGAUCAGGAAAGGUUAAAGGAUCUUAACAUGUAUAGUUUGGAGGAAAGACGAGACAGGGGGGAUAUGAUAGAAACAUUUAAAUACAUAAAAGGAAUCAACACAGUAAAGGAGGAGACUAUAUUUAAAAGAAGGAGAACUACCACAACAAGAGGACAUAGUCUUAAAUUAGAGGGACAAAGGUUUAAAAAUAAUAUCAGGAAGUAUUACUUUACUGAGAGGGUAGUGGAUGCAUGGAAUAGCCUUCCAGCUGAAGUGGUAGAGGCUAACACAGUAAAGGAGUUUAAGCAUGCGUGGGAUAGGCAUAAGGCUAUCCUAACUAUAAGAUAAGACUAGGGACUAAUGAAAGUAUUUAGAAAAUUGGGCAGACUAGAUGGGCCGAAUGGUUUUAUCUGCCGUCACAUUCUAUGUUUCUAUGUUUCUAUGAUCAUACAUUGCAUAAGCCUGCCACAACGCCAAUGUACCCCAUCUUUGGCAGGUCCUACUCUGUCUGCUAAAUGAGCUUCUCACUUGGGGAAAUCCUUCCAUCUCAAGGUCUCUGCAGUACAAUGCUUAAAUAGGAUCCUGAGAUGAGGCACCUGUAACAGGGAGGGGUUCAAAACCCAUGCAGCUGGCUAGACUCCUAAAUAUAUACAUACAGGCCCGGACUGGCCAUCGGGCACACCGGGCAAAUGCCCGGUGGGCCGCGGUGGCCGUGGGGCCGAGAGAUCACAUGAUCUCUCCUGCCGGUCUUUGCAGGGCCGGCGCUAUCUGAACGCCGGCCCUGCAGUAGUCUCCAGCGGGCCGGUGGGGAGAUCAGAGAUCUCCCUCACCGGCCCACAUGCAGGAUAGUGUGGCCGCCGGGGGAGAGAGGGAGGGAGCCAGCCUGCCAGCAGAGGAACCCGGCGGAGCUUUAACUAACAGCUCCGCCGGGUUCCUCUCACGAGAUUCGGAGCGUUGCCAUGGCAACGCUCCGGGUCUCGCGAGAGUGAACUCUAGCCUCACAGGCUAGAGUUCACUCACCACUAAGACCACCAGGGAUGGAUUGCAGCCCCAGCAGCAGGAUCCCCCUCCAAGGCUAAAGGUAAGCAGGGAGGGGGAAAAUAAUCACCUAACUAACAUCAGCCUCACAGACACCCAAAACACUCACAGCACACUCAUUCACACACACUCACACACACACACACACACACACACACACACUGCACCCCUGACACUCACACACACACACACACACACACUGCACCCCUGACACUCACACACACACACUGCACCCCUGACACUCACACACACACACUGCACCCCUGACACUCCCACCCUCACACACUGCACCCCUGACACUCACAGCACCCUCACACACUGCACCCCUGACACUCACAGCACCCUCACACACUGCACCCCUGGCACGCACAGCACCCUCACACACACACUGCACAUCUGACCCUCACAGCACACACACACACACCUGCACCCCUGGCCUCACAGCACACACACACCUGCACCCCAGCCUCACAGCACACACACACACACCACCGUGACACUCACAGCACACACACGCACACUGCCCCUGACACUCACAGCACACACACACACACACACUGCACCCCUGACACUCCCACAGCACACACACACACCACGGCACCCCUGACACUCAGCACACUCACACACACACACACUGCACCCCUGACACUCACACACACACACUGCACCCCUGACACUCCCACCCUCACACACUGCACCCCUGACACUCCCACCCUCACACACUGCACCCCUGACACUCACAGCACCCUCACACACUGCACCCCUGACACGCACAGCACCCUCACACACACACUGCACUGACACUCCCCAGCACACACACACACACACACUGCACUGACACUCACAGCACACACCACACACACUGCACCCCUGACACUCCACAGCACCCCUGCUCCACACACACUGCACCCCUAAGGACUCCUAGCACACUGCUGCUGACACUCACAGCACCCACACACACACUGCACCCCUGACAUGCACAGCACCCUCACUCACACACACUGCACCCCUGACACAGCACACACACACACACACACUCACAUCACCCUCACUCACACACACACACUGCACACCUAACACUUACAGAACCCUCACACACUGCACCCCUGAGACUCACAGCACACACACACUGCACCGCUGACACUCACAGCACACACACACACACACACUGCACCCCUGACAUGAACAGCACCCUCACUCACACACACUGCACCCCUGACACAGCACACACACUCACAUCACCCACACACACACACUGCACACCUAACACUUAUAGCACCCUCACACACACACACACACACACUGCACCCCUAACACUUACAGCACCCACACACUGCACCCCUGACAUGCACAGCACACACCCUAUCUGGCCCCGCCCCCUUUGUAGUGGGCCGCUGUAAUUAAAAAAUGCCCGGGCCGAAUUAUCUUCCCAGUCCGGCCCUGCUGCAGCGAUAUAUAUCUUCACUCAUAUAUUUCAGAGUAUAGUUUUGGAUAAUCUGCAACUCUUAUUACUUCAUAACAUGUCAUAACAUCCAGUUAGUUGAAACAUUGUUGCAUAUAGAUAUCUUCAGUACUGAUUCCACUAUUGUGAUUUUAUAUGGAUUUUAUCUUCAUGAUAUCUCUAUUUUGAACUUCAAGACUUUUGAUCUAUAUCUAGAUGUGACAUUUUAGUAGCUGUCCAUCCUUAUUUCCAUAUCUCAUUGCUUUAUUUGUUUUUAUUUGCCUUUGUUGUACUUUUCCCCAUUUAGUUGAUGUUACCCAAUUCCCAGUAGGGGCAACACUUUUCCUGGACAUCCCUCAUUGAGUGUUUGAUUAUUGCUUUUAUAUUGGUGUUUUAUAUGGUAUUUCAUUUAUGUAUUUUCUCACUUGAACCUUUUAAAAUUUAUUUUAGAUCCAGCAAGUAUUCAUAUGCAUUUUCUGCAAGCUAUCUCCUGGUACGUUUAGGAUCUUUAUUUCUUAUUUUAUUCAUAACAAAAACAUGGUGGGAUGAGACACAUGACUGGGCAGCUAACUUAUUUGGUUACACUAUUUAAGAAUUAUAGAAAAAACUAGAAAGGUGGCGGGGUAUGUUUGUAUGUCAACAAUGAGUUAAACCCAAAUACUAGGAAGGGGAAUGUGAGGAGGAAUAUGUGGAAGCGUUAUGGUUAGAUAUCUGUUUGGGGCAAAAGAAGGGAAAAUUAUUAUUGGUUAGGAAAUGUUAUAAACCACCUAGUGUUAAUAUUGAUGAGGGAGACCAGCUAUUAGAGCAAAUUGGGAAAGUGGCAAAUCUGGGUAACACGUUAAUUACGGGAUAUUGUAUUUGCCAUGACAUAAAUUGGGAUAGAUGGACUAGUAGUUGAGCAAGGGGAAUCAGGUUUUUGAAUGUGUUAAAUGAUACCUGCAUGUCCCAACUAGCACAAGCACCUGGUUAUAAAAAACAAUGCUGAUCUUUUUUUAUUUUUUUUAUUUUAUUGUUUUUGCAGUGCUUAGAAUUACAAACAUGCAUGUGCUGCCACAACAGCAGGUACAAGCUAAUAAGUAGAUCAGGGUAAACAUUGUUAUGGCAUGCAAGAAACAGCACAAUUUUAUGGUUAAUAAGGUAUGUCUGAGGAUUUUCUAUGCUUAAGUAGGAUAUAUAAUCAGAGGAGGGACAAAGAGGAAAACAUGUAAGAUGCAAGCUAGGUUGUCUGAUUGUGUAGCUUUGACAGGUGUAAGUCAAACAAGUGUGUCAUAUAUACAAGAUGUAAAAAUGAAAUUACUUUGCUAGGCUAGCUGACCACACUGAGUAGGACAAAUAUAGUGUAACCACCAGUAUUGAGUAUCAUCAAGAGAUCAAUAUAUGCUUUGUAUAGGAAAGCAAAAAGAAUGCAAAACAGCAUAGUACAAGUUAAAAGCAGUUAGGUGGAGUGAAAUGCUGAUCUUUUGACCUACAUUCAAGUAGGGGAGCACUUGGGGAAUGGGUAUCCCAAUUUGGUGUCUUUUGAAAUAAACUCAAAAAAGCAUGUGGGGUAUACUAAAACAUAUUUCAAAAAAAGGCUAAUUUCAAUAAGAUAAGUGCACCUUUUACAACAUGUUGACUGACAUCAACUCUUUAGGGAAAAAAAACAAAACACUGAGGAUAAAUAGAAUAUCUUCAAACAUGUAUUAGGAAGGUACGUUACUCAGUAUGUACCAUUGGGUAAUAAAUAUAAAAGAAACAAACUGAAACCAAGAUGGUUUAGUGGGAAAUGUUAUGAUAUGAGAUGUUGUACCCUAUUUCAAACCAGCUGCAUCUCCGACUCCAGUCAUCAAUAAAAAAAAAAAUGAGGGUCAUUAACCCAUUGUACAGUGCUACGGAAUAUGAUGGCGCUAUAUAAAUAAUAAAAUAAUAAUUAAUAUACCACAGCUCUCUAUUUAUCGGUAGAAAUCUUACAAUGCCAAUCAGUGUCUUUUCAGACCUGGCUGGUAAAGAAAUGGUUAAGCAGAUCAGUGACAUUCUUCCCCUAUUAAUGACAGAUUAUUGCUCAAACUGAACCGAGAUGGAAAUGGAUAUGAUAGGGAAGGAAAUGACUCAAGCCACAUAAAACAAAUUGUUUAAGUGUGUAACACAGUAACACAGUCAGUGCAACAAGUCGUGUCCACUAAGAGCUGAAUGAAAUAGUGUAACAAACUGAGCCAUUGACUCAUCCAGCAAUGCUUGGUAUGUUGUUUAGCUCAGCCCAAUGCUGUCAUAACUUUAUUUAUUUACACUGAGAGUAGAAUACUUCAUAUUUCUAAACCAGAGGGAGUGGAGUUUAAUCCAAUACAAAGUUAUAGAAAAUAGAGGCGGAGAGGGAAAAAAGACGAGGAGGGGAGUUAGUGAGCAAAUUUUGGUUAGUGGGCGUCUCGUUCUUCCACCCAGCAGCAAACUUUACCACAAGCCGGAGCUUGGAUACUGCAUGGUGACACUGCAUGCAUUGUGAGUGUGCACACUGAGCUGGAUUCCCUACAACUAGCAACAAAGCCAGGAGCCACAUUGCUUCUCACAGCCACCCAGAGUGCUGACCCCGGACAGCCCUCCUGAUUCAGAGCUCAGGGCAGACAGAGAGAAGAGCACAUCUUCCCAGCAGCUGGACCUGUGCGAGCCUGUGUGCUGCUCCUGGUAGGUUUGGACUGUGACAUUCUUUGAGCUAUUCUGUGUUGGGGUGAGGGUAGGGGGGAGGAGGAGAGCUGGAGAGAGCAUCCUCCUAACCACGAUUUAUACAUGUUAACAGCUACAGGACAGGAGCAAUGUGUGUAUAUUAACUACCGAUACAGGAGCAAUGUGUGUAUAUUAACUACUGAUACAGGAGCAAUGUGUGUAUAUUAACUACCGAUACAGGAGCAAUGUAUGUAUAUAUAUUAUAUUAACAGACACAGGAGCAAUGUAUACAUAUUAACUACUGAUACAGGAGCAAUGUAUGUACAUAUAUUAUAUUAACAGACACAGGAGCAAUGUAUACAUAUUAACUACAGAUACAGGAGCAAUGUAUGUACAUAUAUUAUAUUAACAGACACAGGAGCAAUGUAUACAUAUUAACUACAGAUACAGGAGCAAUGUAUGUACAUAUAUUAUAUUAACAGACACAGGAGCAAUGUAUACAUAUUAACUACAGAUACAGGAGCAAUGUAUGUACAUAUAUUAUAUUAACAGACACAGGAGCAAUGUAUACAUAUUAACUACAGAUACAGGAGCAAUGUAUGUACAUAUAUUAUAUUAACAGACACAGGAGCAAUGUAUACAUAUUAACUACAGAUACAGGAGCAAUGUAUGUACAUAUAUUAUAUUAACAGACACAGGAGCAAUGUAUACAUAUUAACUACAGAUACAGGAGCAAUGUAUGUACAUAUAUUAUAUUAACAGACACAGGAGCAAUGUAUACAUAUUAACUACAGAUACAGGAGCAAUGUAUAUAUAUUAUAUUAACUACUGAUACAGGAGGAAUGUAUAUAUAUUAUAUUAACUACUGAUACAGGAGCAAUGUAUAUAUAUUAUAUUAACUACUGAUACAGGAGGAAUGUAUAUAUAUUAUAUUAACUACUGAUACAGGAGGAAUGUAUACAUAUUAACUACCGAUACAGGAGCAAUGUAUAUAUAUUAUAUUAACAGGUACAGGAGGAAUGUAUACAUAUUAACUACUGAUACAGGAGGAAUGUAUACAUAUUAACUACCGAUACAGGAGCAAUGUAUAUAUAUUAUAUUAACAGGUACAGGAGGAAUGUAUACAUAUUAACUACCGAUACAGGAGGAAUGUAUACAUAUUAACUAUUGAUACAGGAGCAAUGUAUAUAUAUUAUAUUAACAGGUACAGGAGGAAUGUAUACAUAUUAACUACCGAUACAGGAGGAAUGUAUGUAUAUUAUAUUAACAGGUACAGGAGGAAUGUAUACAUAUUAACUACCGAUACAGGAGGAAUGUAUACAUAUUAACUAUUGAUACAGGAGGAAUGUAUACAUAUUAACUACCGAUACAGGAGCAAUGUAUAUAUAUUAUAUUAACAGGUACAGGAGGAAUGUAUACAUAUUAACUACCGAUACAGGAGGAAUGUAUACAUAUUAACUAUUGAUACAGGAGCAAUGUAUAUAUAUUAUAUUAACAGGUACAGGAGGAAUGUAUACAUAUUAACUACUGAUACAGGACUAAUGUAUACAUAUUAACUAUUGAUACAGGGGGAUGCAUGUAUAUUACCUAUUGAUACAUGAGGAAUGCAUGUAUAUUAACUAUUGAUAAAGGAGAAAUGCAUGUAUAUUAAAUAUUGAUACAGGAGGAAUGCAUGUAUAUUAACUAUUGAUAAAGGAGAAAUGCAUGUAUAUUAACUAUUGAUACAGGAGGAAUGUAUGUAUAUUAACUAUUGAUACAGGAGGAAUGUAUGUAUGCAUUUGUACAACUGCCACAGAAGAAACAUAUUUAAACUAACAAGUACAACUGACAUGUAUACAUGUUAAUAGGUACAGGUGAGAGUAAUACACAUGUUAAUAGAUGUAGAUUUCUUAUGAAUGUAUAGCUCAAAGGAAGCAGUCAUGUGCGUGUAAAUGUGAAGCAACAGUAAGAAUUUAGAAUAAUUGAAUAGUCAUAUUUUAGUAUUUAAUAUACAAGACGAAAUUAGGGUUCCACCAUUAAAUAUAUUAUUUUUAUUACAAGGGUUUAUUUUAAAUAAAUUAAUCCCUUUAGGGCCAAACUAUUUUAUUUUUAAUAUUACAAAAUAGUAUUUUAUUGAGAAACAAAGGGAUAACAGAGUUUUACUAUUUUAUGGGCCACAAAGAGUGGUGCAGAUAUCAAAUUGUGGUUACAAGUUGAUACAUAGAACAUAUUCCGUUUAAAUUAUAAAAAUAAAAGAUUAUGAAAAUGACUAGAAAAUAAGAAAUUUAGAAAAGCAGAUUUAGCAUGUAAAGUAGUAUAGACACACAAUUAGAUAGAUAGAUAGAUAGAUAAUCAAAACAAGUAUAGAAACUGAAUUAAAGACCCAUUUUAAGCAUUGCACUGAACCUUUUACACUGUGGAGUCAAUUUGUUAAAGGCGCACUUUGAGAUAGCUUGUAGACUUGAAAAAUUGUUCAUUCCAAAACUGCAAUUUAUCCAAAUUUGGGCUGAUUGGAUUACCCAAACUCCAAGCCGAAAUAUGAACAAAACUCAACAUGCAAUGGAUGUGCAUGUAUGUUUUGAUUCCUGAUUCAGAAUUCCACCUGUGGCACCAGAAAAAAGAGAAACCCUGAUGGGAAAAAGGAUGAUUGAUGACUAGGAGAUAGCCACUAAAUGGGAGGAUGAGGGAAAAAAAUUGAUAUACAGAUGUAUUUAUAUAUUUAAUAAAGAAUAAAUAACGAUAGAUUUAUUACUCUUUUCCCUCUAUUGGUUACUUAUUCUCACUUGACCUGUAAACCAAUUUGUGUAUAUUUUACAGCUCCCUGAUUGGCCCAUUUAAGCUCCCCUUUGAAUCGUCUGAUUUGUCUUCCAAAUCUUUCUUUGUUAACAAAAUUUGGACAAGCUGAACUGCCACAUGGCCGAAAUUCGGAAUGCCCACAUUUUGUGUUUUUAUAAAAAAAAUUUUUAACUAAGUGGUUUGGCCCAAACAAGUUUUUUCACCCCGCAGAAGUCUAGCAGCUUGAUGCAUAGCAGCAUAAACCAGCAAAAUUAUUGAAAACCACAGGCCUAGGCAAGAGUUAUAAGGUCCCUAACUUCAUAAUCAUAUUUACAUUUUUGUCCAGGAUUUGUGACAGUGUUCAAUCACUACAUGCAAAAUAAGAAUGAUAACUUGUAACAUCUCCUAUAAAAGAAAUGUUGAAUUAUCUAUGUUCUGUUUGAAACACUUUUUCAUACCGUGGCAGCUGCUCAAUGUCGUUUGAAAUAUAUAUGCUUGUAAACACCAAAAUAGUUACAAUUACAGGAAAAAAGAAAAUGAACUUUCAGUAGCAUGAAGGUCCCACUUAGUCAUUUCCUUAUCUAAAGGAUGGCCGGAUUCCAGCUAGUGCUUGAAGGAUAGGGAAUAAUCACUUACAAUGGGGUUUUGCUCUAACAGGCAGAAGACGUCUGACAUCUUUUAAAUAGGAAUUGUAGCUGCAGGGUGUUUUCCCUGUUCAGACUGAUACAGUAAUUUUCUUUAGGAUAACCUGUUGGGUAAAAGGCACACAUAAUUAGGGAACCGUGUUUACAUAGUAUGUGACAGAACCUGUAACACUGUCAUUAUCAGAGAUCAGCAAUAAUUGCUAAGUUGCAUCUGGCUUAUUAAUAGUGGCCCAUUGAUUUUACGUAAUACGCUACCAGAAUCUUACAGUAGCAUGGGUUUAAAGGGUCUUCAUGCAGAUAAGUAGAAAGUGAAAAUAUGGUUCGGUGUUAAAAAAGCAGGCGGGGAGAGCUAUACAGCACACUCAUUUGACUACAUUUUAUGGAAAUUCUCCUAUCCCAUUGUUUCCAACAUCCACCAAAUUGUAUUCUCUACUUUAAAACGAAUUAUGAAUUUAAAACCUCCCUAUUUGCUGAUUAAGUAAAAUACAUCUGUUGACUAGAGAAAAUAAUUAUCCUUUUUCCAAUAUAACUAUUCUUCCGAUUUAGUUGCCUGCGAACCCCAAAUCUCUUAUUAGGGCAUGAUAUAGGUAGUAAAUAUGCUUUAAAGCAUGGCUAAAUGACUUCCAACUGUGGUCAGUGCAGAUACUUUUUGCUUAAGUUGCUGUAAUACGUCCAGUGUAUUUUUGGAACGUGCUGUUCUGUAUGAAUUUGGUGUGUUUUUAACUUUUCUUUGCAUGUUUUUCUUGCUCGGUCUCUCUAAAAAUAACUGGUAAUGAUUUAAUAUUUUUUGGGUUAAAAAAAAAGUUUAAACUUCUCCAAAGUCACAAAAGCUGAAACUGCAAUCUUUUUUUUUUUGAUCUCCCAGUGUAUCGUGUAAACAGAGUAAAGAUGACUACUUCUCUAACUCUAUACUACCUGCUACAAUUCUGUGGUCAUUCCUGGAUCUUCACUAAUAUGACUGCAAGACUUCUCUUCUUUGGAAAAGGUAAUUUUACUAUAUAUAUAUAUAUAUAUAUAUAUAUAUAUAUAUAUAUAUAUAUAUAUUCACGUGUAACUUACUAAAGGGGAAGUAUCCCCAAAUAUAAGACCUCUCUCUCUCUAAUGGGAGUAGAAAGCGUUGCUUGUAGACUUUAUUGUAAUAUUUGCGGUACUUUUAUUCAAUGUGCUAAGUAAGAUGGCAUGUGACCUUACAAUCUUAAAAUAUUAUGUGUGUCAAAUGAAACAUAACAAGGAAAAAGUAUAGAGGAGAACUGUCAGGGUGAGUAUACCCAAAUACUCAGAACCUGCAAUAAUUAAAAAUGACAAAGCAUAGACAUAUUAUUGGACCUUAAGUGGCAGUGCUUAACAUGUAAAAGAGAGAAAUCAUGUUCAAUUAAAAAGCCAAGGUCAUGAAUUUCAAUUAUCAUAUUAACUAGGCAGGUCAGGGUCACAGAGGUACUCAAAGUCCAGAAACAAGUCAAGGUCAAACCAAAAACAGGAACAGAAACCACAAUAGGGCAAAAGGAAUGGUGUCAAAAUAGCUAAAACAGGUGUGAACUGACAGGUCCAUAUCACCCCUGCAAACCCACAAAGUGUGGGAAAGAGGCCGCCAGAAUAAUGUGGUCAAUUGCAAACCGGAAGUGACUAAGCAUGCCUCAGAUUUACAUAUGGACGCGCUCUGCAAGCAAGCAGCUUCCAUUAGACUGACUGCAAGUGGGUCACAUGCAAAAUCGACCCAUUCGGCUUGUGGAAUACCGUGUCAACCAGGCAGUUCCCAUGACAAGAAUUAAGACAGGGCAUCAUAGAAAAAGCAAAAAACGGGGUGCAAGAGAAUACUGAGAAAGGGCAGUAGCUGAAAUAGCCUGCCCUUGGGUGGGUCCCCGCUCAGAUCUCAAGCUGGCUUUAGCUCAUCUUGUGCCAUUACAGAGAGAAAAAACUAUUUCCGAUAUAUAGUGUAUAUGAUAUGUACUUAAAAUAUGCCUAAUUCAUGUUUUCAGCAGUUUAGCUCAUGAGGAUCUUAUGAAGAAAAAAAAAACUGGGAAAAAAAAACUAGCAUUGUGAUUUCCCAAACAAGUAUUUACCCAUCUGUAAUGAACACUGGUAUUUCAGAUACCCGUUUGUUUGUUUCCUCCCUAACUGCUAGGAGCUGAGUAAUUAUAGCACGCAGUUCGGGUGUUGAUUUGAACGUUCUCCAGAAGAAAUACAGAAUACAAGUAAAUUCACCAAGCAAAUCAGACAGAUAUCCAAACAUCAGCCUAGACUAGAUGAAAGGUACAACAGGAAUGAAUUUUUUUCAGACCAACUGGACGGUUUUUAUGCAUGUCCCCAUGCAAGGGGUUUACCGUGACAUAUUCCAGAGGCAUUCCCCACUGGACCUGAGAGGGGACUAUGGCAAAGUACACACUGGAAGUACAUUGGCUCUCAGGUCCAGGACACUCCCACAUAAAAUAGGAUAAUCCUUCCCCUGUGUUUGGAAGAUAAUUGAGUCAAGGAUUGUACUAAACUCAAUUAUCUCCAGGCACAAAAAAACAUACAUUUCCACAAAACUUUGAAAGUAUCUCAAGCCCCAUGGAAACCCCACACAAGUUAUAUCCUCUGAUAACCCCGAUCUGGGGGACCAACAUAUUCAAAAAUCACUGAGAUCAGUUCAGGGGUUCGGGAUUUCCAUGAAGGUCAUAAUUUGACCGACCGCACACAAGAUCUUAUGUUUAAAACAGUUCCACAGCUUCAGAGGUAGCGGUCGGUACAUUACAGGAAGUCUAAAAACCGAACAAAUUCUGGAGUCGUGUGUCCAAUUUUAGGUCCAGACACCAAGUCCUUGUACCUCAUUUCGUGAGACAAGAUGGCCGCCGUUUUUUUCCAGCACUUGGCAUUCGGCCAUACAAACGGCGGACACACAGGGAGAGCACUUAAUCUGCAUUUUUUUCUUUGUGGUUAUUGAGCCAGGGGGUGGUCGGUGUUCGGUAGUUUUAUCUACCGAACGUGAAAAAGCCAAGUUAACGAGCUAAAUGUGUGGUUUCUUUACACCACCAGUAAUUAGAAAAUAUCAGUUUGAUGUACAAAAUACAUAUUAUAUAAGAAUUCUUGAUACGUGCAAUACUUUCUUACAUUAUAGACAUAUAAUCACGUGAGGGCUUGGCAGGAUUUGCCACACAUACACACUAGCCAAGAUCACCAAGACUGAUGAUGUCAGCUGAGUAGGUGGGGCACCAGCACAGAGACCAGCACGGCAAAUGAGUAGAGAUAAAUGUGGGCUAACAAUAUAGCCUUGGGAAUACCUGUCUGCAUUCUUAACGCUAUAGUGUUCCUUUAAGUGAUCAGGAGAUAAAGCUUCCUGCACCCAGUUAAGGAUAAGAAAUUCCAUACUCUAGAGGAUCUAAGGGCAUAUUGAUAAGGGCAAAGAAAGAUAAUGAUGUCACAUCUCCACCUGAUUUGCACAUUCUCUGUGCAUAGAGGCACUUAGAUUGUAAAUAUAGGCUGUAUCUGCUGUUAAUGUACCUUACUUUCAAUCCAUCAUGUUUCAAACAUUAAAUUCACCUGGUUAGCCGAGUUACUGCUUACUCAGCCUAGGCAGUGCCUUACCAUAUUGUCUUAUUGAAAGCCAGGGUGUGUGACAAGUUUAAUUUAGAAAAGUGUCAAUUUCUGGAAAUCUGCACUUUUUGUAAAAUGAAAAAAAAGAGGACUCACUCUUCACACAUAAGGCACUUUAGCAAGUACUGUGGCUGUGUUCUGUGUGCUAAUUGAUGCAUAUUACUUGGUCCAUGCAGAUUCCUUUGCGGAUACAUUCUACACAAUCGGGCUAGUAAUGCAGGCCUGCCAGUUACUGUCUGCACUGGAGCUGAUACUCCCACUGCUGGGCAACCAACAACACCGAUUCUUGCCAAGUUUUUUACAGGUACAAUAGUUACAUUUCUAUUGGUUUUAGUUAUUGAUGUGUUAAAGACAGUCUGCAUAGUGUUGCGGUUAUUCACUACUUCCAUAAAUAAAUCCAUAUCGCAAAACUAAUUCAGCUCUGACUAAAACGGAGUUGGAGAAUUUUCCAGAUAAUUUAUUUAUGUCAGAAUUGUUCCAUUCAGAUAUAAAUUGACUACCAUUUGGAAUUUAGUGAAUAAAUCCAGGUAAAUACAAUUAUAUAAAACUGGGUAAUAUCAGUUAGAAGCAAUGGAAAUUGCAGUGUUGAGCAAGCUGGGGCAGUGCCUUCUACUAAUGAGGAUUGUAUGUUUUUGUACUAUAGUACUAUACUAUACUAUCUUUGCUAUAGUAACCUAUAUUUAUAGCUGCUAAUUGUAUACAGUAUGCCCACAGUGGGAGAAGAAAAUCUAAAGUCAAAGGUUGCCAAGACAUUUUUUUAAAGAGCCAUUACAGCAUGCUCUGGCACCACCUAUUGUAAGUUGUCAAACCAUUUUAGAAUGAUUUCACUUCACACUUGGGGUCCACCAGAAGCCACUUCCAGUCUCACUACUUCAGACAGAGUUGGAAGCUCAAUGUCUGGGCUAAGCCCAUCGAUGCUCAGCUAAUGUGCUAGCACUGCACUAUGGGGAUUAGCUCAACAGAGCUAAUGGAAACUCCUGCUUAGGAGCCCUCUGCUCCCUGUUAGAAGUAAUAAUAUUUAUAUUAUAUUCUAACUAAUAAUAAUAAAAAAACAAGAAGAUAUUUUAGAUUAGGAAGUGAAUUUGCUCCAAAUAACUGGCAUAGAAACAUAGAAACAUAGAAACAUAGAAACAUAGAAUGUGACGGCAGAUAAGAACCAUUCGGCCCAUCUAGUCUGCCCAAUUUUCUAAAAACUUUCAUUAGUCCCUAGCCUUAUCUUAUAGUUAGGAUAGCCUUAUGCCUAUCCCAUGCAUGCUUAAACUCCUUUACUGUGUUAACCUCUACCACUUCAGCUGGAAGGCUAUUCCAUGCAUCCACUACCCUCUCAGUAAAGUAAUACUUCCUGAUAUUAUUUUUAAACCUUUGUCCCUCUAAUUUAAGACUAUGUCCUCUUGUUGUGGUAGUUUUUCUUCUUUAAAUAUAGUCUCCUCCUUUACUGUGUUGAUUCCCUUUAUGUAUUUAAAUGUUUCUAUCAUAUCCCCCCUGUCUCGUCUUUCCUCCAAGCUAUACAUGUUAAGAUCCUUUAAACUUUCCUGGUAAGUUUUAUCCUGCAAUCCAUGAACCAGUUUAGUAGCCCUUCUCUGAACCCUCUCUAAGGUAUCAAUAUCCUUCAGAAGAUACAGUCUCCAAUACUGUGUACAAUACUCCAAGUGAGGUCUCACCAGUGUUCUGUACAAUGGCAUGAGCACUUCCCUCUUUCUACUGCUAAUACCUCUCCCUAUACAACCAAGCAUUCUGCUAGCAUUUCCUGUUGCUCUAUUACAUUGUCUGCCUACCUUUAAGUCAUCAGAAAUAAUCACCCCUAAAUCCUUUUCCUCAUAUGUUGAGGUUAGGACUCUAUCAAAUAUUCUGUACUCUGCCCUUGGGAUUUUACGUCCAAGAUGCAUUAUCUUGCACUUAUCCACAUUAAAUGUCAGUUGCCACAAUUCUGACCAUUUUUCUCGUUUACCUAAAUCAUUUGCCAUUUGGCUUAUCCCUCCUGGAACAUCAACCCUGUUACAUAUCUUAGUAUCAUCAGCAAAAAAGACAUGCCUUACCAUCAAGACCUUCUGCAAUAUCACUAAUAAAAAUAUUAAAGAGAAUGGGUCCAAGUACAGAUCCCUGAGGUACCCCACUGGUGACAAGUCCAAGCUUCGAAUAUAUUCCAUUAACUACAACCCUCUGUUGCCUGUUACUCAGCCACUGCCUUACCCAUUCAACAAUAUUUGAAUCUAAACUUAAAGAUUGCAGUUUAUUGAUAAGCCUUCUAUGUGCAACAGUGUCAAAAGCCUUACUGAAAUCUAGGUAAGCAAUGUCUACUGCACCACCCUGAUCUAUAAUUUAGUUACCCAAUCAAAAAAAUCAAUAAGAUUAGUUUGGCAUGAUCUCCCUGAAGUAAACCCAUGUUGUCUCUGAUCUUGAAAUCCAUGUGUUUUUAGAUGUUCAUCAAUCCUAUCCUUUAACAUGGUUUCCAUCACUUUCCCCACUACUGAAGUAAGGCUUACUGGCCUAUAGUUGCCCGACUCCUCCCUAUUACCUUUCUUGUAAAUGGGCACAACAUUCGCUAACUUCCAAUCUUCUGGGACUACACCUGUUAACAAUGAUUGGUUAAAUAAAUCUGUUAAUGGUUUUGCUAGUACACCACUAAGCUCUUUUAAUAGCUUUGGGUGUAUUCCAUCAGGUCCCAUUGACUUAUUUGUCUUUACUUUUGACAGUUGAAAUAGAACCUCUUCCUCUGUAAACUCACGUGUAAUAAAUGACUCAUUUAUCCUUUUUCUCAACUGAGGUCCCUUUCCUUCAUUUUCUUCUGUAAAUACAGAACAAAAAUAUUCAUUGAGGCAGUCAGCCUGACCUUUAUCCUCUUCUACAUACCUUCCUUCUUUUGUUUUUAAUCUAACUAAUCCUUGUUUUACUUUUCUUUUCUCAUUUAUGUAUCUAAAAAAUGUUUUAUCCCCCUUUUUUACUGUCUGUGCUAUUUUCUCUUCUGUGUGUGAUUUGGAAGCUCUUAUAACUUGCUUAGCCUCUUUCUGCCUAAUCUUAUAGAUCAUUUUGUCUCCCUCACUCUGGGUUUUUUUAUAAUUCCUAAAUGCUAACUUUUUGUUUUUAACUAUUUUGGCCACAUCUGCGGAGUACCACAGUGGUUUCUUGAAUUUUUUGCUUUUACUGACAAGCCUAAUGCAACAUUAGAAUUAAUACUUUUAAGUACUUCCUUUGUAUACUAUAUAUUCCUACAGUUAAGUAAAAUGCACAACAUUCAUGUAGGAGAAUGAGACAACGUGGUUAUGAAAAUCUAAUAAAGAAAUGGGUGCCAUAAUCUGUAAUUUAAUUAGGGAUACUUAAAAAAACAAACAAAAAAAAACAUACCUAAACAUUGGUUAAAUAUAGCAGGGAAGAGUGAGGAGGGUGGAAAUUUUGAUCAAGACCCAGUGUAAUCAAUUACAUCAUAUCCGCUUAGACUCCUUUAUUGACAAUAAGUCAACAGCAAACAGGAAGAUGAAAAAUUAAAAUAGUGCAAAGAAGGUGCGGUGACCACAUAAAAUGAUAAGACCACAGUUAGAUGAGGAAGAGAGGAAAUAGGUGCAGGUGUCGGAAGAAGAGAGAAAUUAGAGAUAGUGAGAUGUUACCGGGCAAAUGGAUAUUAUAUACGAGAAAAGCUCUGUCUAGUUCAUAUAAUUAAUGGAGUGUUUAACAUUAAAAUGGAUGAGUUUCUGAAAAGAGGAGAUGAACACUGUCAGUGUGGUAAUUCUCAAGCCAAGCGGACCAAAUUAUGUAUGAAUUUUAAAACAGUUUUAUUUCUGAAUGCUUAAAUGGCAUUGUCAUAUCGGUGCUAAAUCUAACAUUUGAACAAACAAAAACUAUUACAGUGGUUAAGCAUGUGAAAUUUAUAUCUUUCUUAUGUAUCUCUAUUUCAGAUAGUCAAACAACCCUAUCCCUUUAGCACAGUGAUUCAGAGGGUCUAGUUUUAUUAUAUUGAGUUGUCUCUCUAUAGUCCAAGUGUGCAUCUGCAGAAUUAUAUGUGUGUCUCCAUCUAUAUGGGCAAGGAAGGGAGCAGGUCGAAUGUAUAUGUUCUAACACAGUAUGCAUAAUGGAUUGGAUACAUUAAUCUUAGAACAACCCUUGUGUGAACUAUUUAACCAUUCUAAAAGUGGUGAGCUAUGUGAGUGACAGAUUCCUUUCCAUUUUAGGUAACCGAAAGGCUUGUCAUCCUAUUUGUGGUCAUCACCAGCCAGGAGGAGGUGCAGAGUAAAUGUGUAGUCUGUGCUUUGUUCUUCCUAUGGAACAUGUGGGAUGUUGUAAGGUAAUAUAUUUUAAACUAAUAACAUUAAGGAUUUAAUGUUUGCUCACUAUUGUUCCCCAUAUCCAAUGUUUAUCCAACAAACCAAUUAACUGAAAUACAAACAUUUCUGUAUUACAAAAGAACUUGCUAAUGCAAAUUGCAGCGUAAGCACAGUCUGUGCCUUUAAUGUUUGAUGUUUAAUGAGGGCUUGUAAUGUACCCUUAAAACAUAUUCCAGGGUGUGACGAAUGAGCAAUUGUGUACUACCAUUUUAGGUGUGUUGCAGUUUUUGGUUCUGUAAUUAUAUGGAAGUAAAAUAUGUGAUGUAUUGGUUAUAAGUAGAUAACAACUGGUUCUUUAGAUCAAACAAAUAUGAUGCCUGUGAUUUGAGACACUGAGUCCGAUGGGAAGUAUGUGAGAACAAAAACUAUAUCAUCAUCAAUUAUGGUGGCUAUCAGUCACAGUUUCUGGUAUGAUAUUGUUUGCCAGGCUGAGCCUGUUUCAGGGCCUGCACAGGGAGUACAUGGAGAGCAGCCCUACCACACAGCAACAACCAAUGUGUGAGUGAGGUUGAGAAGUUUUGUCCCUGCCCUAUCAGCACAUACUGUGCCUUAUUCCACGCGGAGCACAGUAAUGCUGUCACUGAAUGGACACUAAAGGGGAGAUUGUUACUGACAUAUGGGGGUAGUGGAGAGGCACAUAGGGCACAUUAUGGUUUGCAUGAAGCAGGAUACAAAAGGCAUGUAGAGUUAUAUGCAAAAGGGGGAAUGGAGACUAGCACACACACACACGAUUAAUCACUAAAUUGAGAAAUAAAAGUAAAUGUCAAAUUUAAGUCCAAAGCGGCCAAACUGGAAGUAUAGCUGACUUACAGAUUUUUUUUCUGCUUUGGCUAUUUUGACCUUAAAUUUUUAAUUCUUACUUUAGUAAAUAACACUAAAAAUGUUGGGCAUGCAGAAUAGCUCACAAAAGGUUGACAUGGAGGACGGAGCAGGAUUAAUCAUAGGCUACUGCCUAGGGCCCAUGUUUUAAGUAGGGGUCCUUGAACCAUAAAUCGUCUUAUCCCUAUUCACCAUCCCUAUGUGAAGAAUGACAGGGUGCUACAAAUCGGUAACCUGCUUAUGGCCCUUUUCUGAUUGAGGACCACAGACAAGGGGCAUAGAGAAUGACACACAAGGAGGCAUAGAUAGUGAUGUACAAGCGGAGACAUAAAGAGGGUCACACACUAUGUUGGGAAAGAAAAGAUUCAGAAAUAUAUAUAUAUAUAUAUAUAUAUAUAUAUAUAUAUAUAUAUAUAUAUACACACACACACACACUUAAUGAAUGGUUCAUUUCAUGCGUCACUGUAGACCUAGUCAUACUUUAUAUGUUUGUGGAAUCUUGGAGUGGUUGUAGCAUGGUUUAUGUUAGAUAGUUUUCUCCAUUUAAUGUAAUGUCUCUUCUUUCCUUGGCACAGAUACUCAUACUACAUGUUAACAGCAGUAGGCAUGAACUAUCCUCCCGUUACAUGGCUUAAACACACAUGGUGGAUUCCAGUUUAUCCUUUAUCAGUACUGGCUGAAGGUAAAAUAUAUACAAGCUCAUUGACCAAUGAUCACAAUUACUUCAUAUGAUUGAGUCAUAAGCAUAAUUUCUUUUUGUUUAAUCAAUUGCUGCUGCUGAAGAUAGCAUAACUGACUUACGACCCAAAACCAACACUGCCACCAUCGGUGCAGUUUUAUACCAGUGUACAAAUUCUACAAAACCCAAACUCAUCUCAUGACUAGUCCACAGUUCUCAUAUUCUAUAUUCAGGUUCCCAUGCCAUGUUUAUGGUACAAAUUACAAUGAUGUUCUUAGCACAACCAACCCUUCAUUACCAGUGUAUGGGGCACAGAUUCUCUUCCUCCAGGUCAAAGAACUAAAUCUUUGAUGUCAAAAAGAAACUGAAGUUUCUCUCUGAGAAGUACUGCAUAGACACAGUGAGGUUGGGCAAUAAAGUAUGCUAGAAAAAGUAUUUAAGAAAAAUAAAAUGUCAUCUUUAAGAAUACUAAUUUUAAAGAAGGUGACAGUUAAGGAUAGAUGGUUUUAUUAACCCCAUAAGGGCACAUGACGGAAAUAUUCUGUCAUGAUUCCCUUUUAUUCCAGAAGUUGUGUCCUUAAGGGGUUAAAGAUCAGGGUGAAAAAACUGCUUAUACUAAUGUAUACGGAAGGCAAUUUAUAUUAAAAAACUAUAAAACUAAAUUGUGCAGCUACUCAUGACAUUCAGUGUUCUUAUGCAGUCUGAAAGUGUCUUGUUUUACACAAAAUGCCAUAGUCACUUUCUGUAUGCAUAUCUGCAGAACCAAAAUAAAGAAUGUAAAAAACAAACAAACAAACAAAAACUAUUUUUGUGAGUUACAUACACCAUAUUGGAACAAAUCUCUUAAUUAUUGAAUUUAGAUGUUUCAGUCAGACCCAUUGCCACAGGUUUAUCAAAUCAAGCACCUAGCCAUGCAGCCUACCUUCACAAAUAUUUGUGAAUAAAAUGGGUCCCAAGCGUCGAACUGGUGUAAAGCAUACAGCCUUUGGAGUAGUGGUAACGUGUUCUGUGGAGGGACAAAUCGCGCUUCUCUGUUUAGCAGUCUGAUGGGUGAGCAUAGGUUUAGCAGAUGUGAGGAGAACAUUAGCUGUCUGACUGCAUUAUGCCAACUGUACAGUUUGGAGAAGGAGGGAUAAUGGUUUGGGCCUGUUUGGGCUAGGCUCUUUACUUUCAGUGAAGGGAAAUCUUAAUGCUUCAGCAUACCAAGACAUUUUGGACAAUGCUAUGCUUCCAAUUUUCUGGGAAAUGUUUGAGGAAGUCCCUUUUCUAUUCCAAUAUGACUGGGCCCCAGUGCACAAAGCAAGGUUUAUAAAAACAUGACCAUGACUUUGGUAUGGAAGAACUUGAUUGGCUCGCAGAGCCCUGACCUCAACCCCAUCAAACACAUUUGGGAUGAACUAGAAUAAAGACUGCCAGCCAAGUCCAACAUCAGUACCUGACCUCACAAAGGCUCUACUGUGAACUGAUGAACGGGCAAAAACUGAAGAUUAUGCUAGCUUUAGUGUACUAAUAAUCUUCUUUACAUUUUUUAUUUUUGUAGUGCAUAGAUGUGACACAAACAGGCAAGAGGUGCCCCAAAGGCAGUCCUCCAGCUUUUUCCCAUGCAGAACAUGCGGGGCACUAGAGUAACAUGCACAAUUUUAAAUUUUAAACAGGUUUAAGCAUUCGAAUACCGUAGUAGAUUGUAAAUAUGGUCUAAGAGUAUAAGCAGUUUCAGCAUCGUAGUUUCGACUGUACGUAAACACCUAUACUACAUACAUGUUUGGUCAGAGCUUGAGUUAGGUUAGUUUCUCACGAUUAAUACAGGCAUACAUAAACAGGUAUACAUCGUUAGUCAGGUAGACAGGCAAUUGCUAUUGAUCUAACAGUAUGGUCUUAUGUUAUGCUAGUGUAGCAAUGUCUGUAGAAUGAUAUUGCAACACACUCAACAGGCAUUAUACGUUUUCCCUGUUAGUACCUAUUGGCUCUUUAUGCUAUCUGCACCUAUCAAGGGUUAAGCAAACAUAUAUAGCGCUGUGCAUGAAAUCAAGACAUAAAGAUACUAUCAGAGCCUGCUGGGAUCAGUGUUAUGAGAGAUGUGCUUUGAGAAGCAGAGAGGAGCUUAACCAGGGCAGCAGAAAACAUGGGAAUGCUUCUUGCAAGGUGGAAUAAAGUUGUGCCAGAUAGCUACUGGGUCAGUCCUUUGGUUGAGAUCUUGUAAAGUCCUGAUAUUCAGAUUGGACUGUGCGUUUGAGGACCUGCAUGGGUUUGUUUAGUCCAUACCUAGUGCUGGCAGGCUGUUUGCUCUGAAGGAUGCAUAUCAGUCAGGGAAAGAAUUGUUGCGUUGCGCCUCACAGAAAAGACCUGGGUGCAGGUGCAGCCAUUGUAGUCGUCCUCUGGGCAGAUAAAAUGGGCCCCAGGAGAGUGAUGGCGUCCUCCACAGGCGCAAAGGUUUUUUGUUUUGUUUCUUUCUCCCACCCGAUAUAUGUGUGGUUAGCAUCCCCUUAGUCUGCUCAAUGUAAUCCGCCGGCGCAUCCCCGGGGCAGGUUGCUGUGGUGAUCCGAUGGCGUUGGAUGGUUUCUCCUGCGGUAGGUCGCACAUGUGACUGGCGUGCGGCGGCCAUCUUGAGGAAUGCUGCCGGAGAGUGUUCCAUAGCAGGGUGGUAGUUUUCGUCCCCGCGUGGCGUGACAGUAGUUGCAUGCGUGUGUGCAGACCGGGAUGACCCCCCCGGUCCAGAGGGGGGGAAGCCAGACACCGGCCGGAGACCCGGGAGAGCGGCCGUCUUGUCCCGGCUCAAGCUCCUGCACGCCUCGGGCCUUCAUCGGGUUACUGUAGGCAUCUUGAAGGGUAUCCCCUCGUACCCCAGGAUCUGGGGAUCAGUGUGAUCUUUGUUGCGGGUGGCUAGGAAGGUUUUGCCUCCAGUUUGCGCCGUUUUCCUGGCCCCAUAGCGGGAGCUCAGACAGAACGCGUCUGAUCCCGUCGGCGGUCCGGCCCCACCCUAGUAUACUAAUAAUCUUGAUUCUAAUAAUGAUAGUAGGGGAAUAUUUAGCAUUAACUUUCUUUACUGAACUCCACAGAAAUUUGGUCCUGCAGAUCAUAUGUUCAAUAUGGAAGCAGGCACUUAGGGCAGGAGAGGUCUAGGGACCAAGAAGGAGGUAUAACAACAGUUGUGAGAACAAACUGUGACAAAGUUUGCAGAGGCUGUAAGCCACGUGUUACAAUAGGCAGUAGAAUUCAACUGGGGCUUACCCAGGAAAUCAGAAGCCAGCAAAAACAGGUUCCACUCGACAGCACAUGAAAACGAGGGCUCACCCCAAGCCAGUAUACAGGUUAGAUCCAGCUGGCUAUAAACAGUGCGCAGUGCACCAACACGAGCCUGGUCCCAGUGAAUUUCUGCAAGUAUAGGAAUUCGGGAACUAUAAGAGCGCUAUGCUCGUGCAUCUACACGAUGGCCCGAGCUCCGGUAAUGCCUGUGCAGCAGGAACAAGCCACAGUAAGCGGGUAGAGAGUCCCCAGACCCUCCUAGAACCAGGGAACCAUAGGUUUGGGGAGCCUAGUGGAUGAAGGAGAAUUCCCCCACAGGACCAGUGCCCCAGAAUGCCAAAGGGAACUACCAGACAAAAAACCCAAGUAAAAGAAGGGUGAAAACCGGGAAACACAAAUAAAAUACAAGAAACAUACACAAAAGAAAAGUGUAACAAGAAAAAUAUCCAAAAUAAACCACAAUAUGCAAAGACAGAGGUCUGACUUAUCUAGUGAUGGAGCAGCAAAGAAAGAGGAAGUACUACAGUUACACACGCCUCUUAUUACCUUUACAUGAUGAUUUUCAGUUUUUUCUCUAUGUUUCCUUUGAUGUUGUGGAGUUUAGUAAAAAAAAAGUUAAUGCAAAAUAUGAAACCUUCUGUCGUUUACGUUAAAUUCCCACAGAAACGCUCCUGUGGAAAGCCUUCCCAGAAGAGUGGAAGCUGUUAUAGCUACAACGGGGGGGCCUACUACAAAUAUCUACUUGUUUGGAAUGCAAAGUCAUAAAAGUCCCUGUUAGUUUAUGGUUAAGUGUCCCAAUACUUUUGUCCAUAUAGUGUAUAUCUUAAUGCAGGCCAAUCGGGACACUCCAUUUCACCUAAAAAUGUAUUAUAUAGUUCAGAUUCAAUCUGUAAAUAUCAUUGUGAUAAUAUAGAAAUAGAUACAUAAAAAAAAAAAAAAAAUGACAAUGUUUCUAACAUAGGUUUCCUAUUUUUCCAGUUUACACGAUUUAUGAAUCGCUUCCAUAUUUUGAAUCCCUUGGUACAUAUUCCUUCACAGCGACAUUACCAGUUGUGGUAUCGGUCCACUUUCCAUACAUUUUAAAAGUAUACAUGAUCGUACUUACUGCAGGUAAAACAUAAUGAUCAGAAAAUGUAACUUCUACACUGCCUCAACUAAUCACUUUACUAAACCUCAUCUGUAUUCCUCCAGGUAUGUUUUAUAUAUGCAAUCAUCUGUUUAUGGAAAGAAAAACAUAUCUCAGAGCAAAGAGCGCAAAGCUAAAGGCAAAAUAAGAGUAGGUAAGUGGGUUAUCAAAGUGCAAUACAUUACUGUUUUAAUUAUACGUGUUAUGUUCGGCAAUGUUUACUGAUUCCAUUACCAUGGAAAUCAUACAUUUAGUUAAUUGUUGUUAAUUGACAACAAGGUUAUAUAAAUGCAAAGUGACUGCUGUUGGUCUAUUAGGUUGUCUUCUGAUUUAAUGCAUUUGCUUAGGGUCUCCCUAUAUUAAUAGGGUAAUCCAGAUGUGGACCCAUUGCUCACUGUGCAUGGGAUGUGUGAGGCAAAAUGUUACUUUAUAUCUUGUGCAGGGGGAGUCACCCAGCAUUUCCUAUCUGGACUGUGGAAUCAAUCUGAUAGAUAACUGGCUAAAGCUGUAAUGCCAAUAUCCUAGAAAAGUAGUUCCCAACCUUUUUAAUUGUGUACCCCUUGGUAGCCCAUUUCCAUAAAUCGUACCCAUCAUAUUAGUAAAAUGUUUAUUACAAGAUACAAACACUAAAUACAUACAAAGGACACACAAAACCACAUAGGUCAAAACAUUAGUCACUCUCCAGUUCCCUACCACUCUCGUUCCGCCUCCCCCCCCAAAUGGUAGGGCCUGUGCCAGCAUUCCCUGUGGAGUGUUUUUAAAGGGGUUGCGUCCCAAAAAUGCUGCUCAAAGCAUAGAGUGGGCAGAUUAGAAGACGACCAAGGUAGAAACUCCAGGCUCAGUCAGAGGUUCAACAAAUACAACUUUCUCGUGGGAGACAGAAACAAAACUGAGGAUUCUAUAUUACAGGGCAGAGGAUGAGAAGCGAGGACUUGGUGGGAUCUCACCAUCAUAGGAAGGAAAUAAGUGCACUAGCGUAUUAUCCUCUACUCCUGAACCAUGUGUGCAACAGGACAGGACUCCCAACAAAAUUCCUAAGUAAUCCGAGGGGAAUACAAUAACCAUAAUUCACCAACCUCUUGUGAGGUUUAGUGAGAGGGUUAAUACUGUAUAUAGAGAAAGACCUGGUGAAGUACCAUUGGACCACCCAACGUGGAUAGUGGGUAAUAAUAAUUGUCCAUAAUGUCAGCUAAAAUAUACAAAGAAUAAGGACUGAAUAGGACUCACACAAAAAAAGUCUUGACCUGCAAAUUCGACAUUCCUCUGCUUUGUCCACGGUUACAUGUGGUGCAGGUCUUCAAAUAACAGUGUCCUUGGUUAAUUGACUAAAAGCAAAGAUUAAUUACCAGGCUUAGAAAGUAACUCAUCACAAAUAUAACUUCAGCCCAGCCUCAAAUUGAAAAUACAAAACCUUUUUAUUGUAUAACAAAAAGUUCCAAACAGGGGGACUGUACUUGCAGACAUGACCAAUGCAUUUCAUGCAUAGGUCAUGUAACUUAGCUCAAAUAUUGUGCCUAUUAAACUAAAUACACAGGUAGUAGAGAAAUGAGGGAGUCCUGUAUUUGAAAUAGACUUUUUAAAUUGAAUAUUUGAUCAGCAGACUAUGUUUGAACCCAUUGUAGCCUUAUUCCAUGCUGAAGCAGUUUCAUACUGUGUGAUUCACUUGCUGUUUAAAGAUUUACACAGCUUUUUAAAUUAGGUUUAUAAUCUAUGAACACAAAAUCAUAUUCCAUUUGAUGUGUAUUCUAAAUAAAUGUAUUGCAAUUUGUUUUUGUAAAAGUGACAGUUUUUCAUUAAUUAUUUUUACAGAGCCAUUGGCAAAGAAUAAACCUUAUUGAAUUAACAAGCUUGCAACCAAUAUUGUUACAAAACCGACUUGGCUUUUACAAGAAAGUAAAAAGUACCUAAAUGCUGGUGGUUGAUAUCAGAAGUAUUUUUGACAAACGUCACAAUGAGAAGGUGCCUAGCAACAUCCACAUUUACCUUGUACCAAGUCACAUCAAGAAUGGGCUGAAACCUUCCAGGAGAACACAUAGGACCAAUCCAUAAUGGUUAUUUGGAGAUAUAAUAAUGGCAUUAAUACCUGCAAGACAAUUGCAUGCCUCCCUACACUCUAUUACAUGUAAUGCAAGCAAAAUGAGCCGUGCUGUAAAUUAGAAUGUGCUUAAGAAUUUAAAAAAAAGAGUUUAUGUAUAUAUCAUGGUACUGAAUCACAAAAUUACAUGUGUAUAAAAAAAGUAAUCUUUUGACCAUAAAAUGUCAUCCCUUGAUUGCCAUUUAAUCAAUUAUUUAUGUACAUGGAGCAAUAGAGAUGUUAUUUGGAAGUAAGCAGAGAAUCUAUAAAAGAGGGGUUUUAGUGUAUUAUGUCUGUGGCCCUACAAUUUCAUGUAAGUCCUUGAUAUGGAGGUCCAUUCACAGUUUGUGCCAAGACAAAUGAAGAACCUUGCUUCAUUUCAAGUGCCACUUCCCUGAUUGGACAUUAAAGUGGCAAGGGAAAAUACACACUUUGUCUUCUGAGGGCACAGACCAUUCUUAUUGUUCAUUGCAUUGUUGUGUUUUAAGUCUUCUACCGUUACAACAUGAUGUCAUAUUCCAUCUGGUGCUUUGAGUAAUACAAGUAAAAGGAGGGCAAGGAGUGACCUGUGUCUGCCUAAGGUGCAUACUGUUCACCAAUGGUCCACCAUGAGGACAAAGGUUAUAUGAAUUGAGAAAAAAACAAAACAAAACACAGUGGGCUUUAUAGUGAAGUGAAGUUGGGAAAAUAUAGAGAAGGGAAACUGGUAAAAAAAAAAAAAAAAAGGUGAGGAGCAAAGAAAUCUGUGUAUUAAGCUGAAAAUGACUGCAAUAAUUAGGGAUGAGAGAACGAAAGAAGAAUUGUAGGAGAGGGACAUGAAGAUGAAAGAAGGAAGAGAAAGGGAGAUGUCAGGAGAAAACAAAAAGAGUGGCAAUUGAGAAACAAGCAACAAUAAAAACAUUUGCACUUAUGUCAACAGACAAAUUUGUAUGUUUAUGGAUGAUCCUUAUAUACCUACGGAGCAAAUACAAAAUGCACAUACAAAAAUAUUAAUUUUGAGCUGGCCCGAUUUGCUAUUUAUUUCAUAAAUAUUUAGUAUAUUUUCUCUUUUCCAAAUAGCAAUUGAAGGAAUAAAUUCUACAAUAGAAAGGGUAGGUAGGGAGCCUUAUUUUACUUUUUGUAACUUCUAUAUGUUUACUUUGUACUUUGCAAUUUUUGUACUGUUUGAUACUUUUCAAUACAAAAAUUUUGACCAUAAAAGAAUUCCAAUUAUAGAGCUUAACCCCUUAAGGACCAAACUUCUGGAAUAAAAGGGAAUCAUGACAUGUCACGUGUCCUUAAGGGGUUAAACUGUUGAGAAAUCUGUGCUCAUAACCUGCUUUUGUUAGCUAAUAGAGAGAAAAAAAAAGAGAAAAUUGGUCAAAUUUAUUACAACUAUGUCUAUUUGCAGUGCAAAAUAUUUGUUAAGUAUUUUUUAAAAAAAAAACCAUUUGAAAAACCAUUUGGCUUUAUCUAAGCUUUCUAAAAUGCAGUAAAAUAAGAAGGCAAUAUUUAAAUGCAUGCGGUCUUUUAUUUAUUAAAUUAUAAUCAUAGGAUCAAAAGCAGAGAUGUGGCAGAAUUGUUGCAUCUGAGAGUGUUUGGUAAUUUACAUUAAAAAUGAAUAAGAAGUGAAAAAGAUUAAAAGUCACUAUGCUUUUAAUAUAGCCUUUUUGUUUACAUUUGCCAAUCACUUUUUCAGUUCCAUUAUUCUGAGCAGCAUUAUCAAUAGCAUAUUUGUUAGGCCUAUCUAUGAUAUGGACUGCAAUGCGCAUCAAGGAAGUCUCAUUGCACCAACAAAAAGGUGACGAAGAGGAUGCUACCGGUGCUAUUUGCACAACAUGAUGCAAAUGUGUGCUUACACUGCUCAAACUCUACUCUUUUACUUCUUAAAAAAAAUGUUCAUCAUAAUGUGAUGUGUUUUGUAUUAUAGCGCUUUUGUAUGUCUAUAUAACUUGAUGUCUUUUGUAUAAUAAAAAAAAAAAAGCACUCUGAUUUCAAAUGAGUGUGUUUUAUUGAGAUCUUCCAGGUAACCAUUGAUCUCUGACAUGCAGAGCAAUGGUGGAAAUAAAUAAAGGAUAUUUAUAGGGACAGAACAUUAGUCAAAGUUCCGUUCUGCUGUUUGACAAAGAACACAGAUUUUUUUUUGGUCCGUUCAUAUUUUUCUUUAAACAAUUCCCUUUAAAUCUGCUGCAUGAUUAACACACAGUAAGCCACUCUUGUGUUUGUUCUUGGGUUUUGCAGGCUUGAACAAUAG